AUGGCCUCUUUCAUGCGCCGCACGUUUACCCUCCCCUCCGCCUCCAACCGGCUCGCCAUCCGUCCUCUAUCCACUACCCGCGCAUUGCGCAAUUCGCAGGACGACAGACCUUCCUUCGGAUUCAAGAGUGGCCCGGCCCCUCCUCGUCUGCCUAAGGAGGAACAAGAGAUCUUCGAAGAGCUUCAGCGCCGUUCCACAGGUGCUUUCACUACGCCCCAGGUCAACCAAUCUCCCCAAGCCGAGGCCAAAGUCAACAGCAAUGGCGAGGAGCUGCACCCGGAUGCAGUCAAGGGUAUCAAGCCUGAGUUCGAGGGCGAGAAGAACCCCAAGACGGGAGAAGUUGGUGGACCCAAGAAUGAGCCACUGCGGUGGGGAUCUGGGGGAGAUUGGAGCUAUGGUGGACGUGUGACUGACUUCUAG